AUGCCAGCCAACAGUAGCGUGGACCGAGCUCUGGUGGAGCUAGAAAAGAGCAAGGUGACAACACUUGGCUUGGUGGUUGGCAAGCACGUCGGAUUCGAAACUGGGGCAUAUAUCCCCAGAGCAGACGCACAGUCUCCACCAGAGCUCACUUUUGAUGCCGCAUCGCCGGAUAAGACUUAUUUAGCGGUUGGACUAGACAUCGAUGCUCCGUUCAUCUCUUUCAAUGUGCUCGGUCCGAUUCUGCACUGGAUCCAGCCGGGCUUUAAGACAUCAGGAGCUUCCUCCGGAAAGCUAGAGCCGACUGAGCCUUUCAUUGCCAAUUACAUAGGGCCAGCUCCGCCACCCCUCGCCCAGCCACAUCGUUACAUCUUCUUCUUGUAUGAACAGCCAGCUACCUUUGACGGCAAGAAGUAUGCGCCUCCUGAUGGACAGCCACUAGCCACCACGAAGAGGAUGCGCUACAGUUUGGACGACUUCGAAAAGGCAGCUGGGUUGGGAGAGAUACUUGCUCUCAAUUAUUUCAAGAGUAAUUGA